AUGUGCAGCAAGACCACUCCGAAAUAUGCCUGCGGCCAUCUAGGAGCAGCCCGUAUACUUCCAUGCCAUAAGAAGGAAUGCAAGGGACUUGUCCUAUUCAUUCUCCCCAGCCAUCUGAUAGCAGCAGACGCGACACAACAGAGAAGAAACAAGGGAAGUCUGCAGCUCUGGAGAGAUAAAGAUGUAGUUAAGAGGCUGACAUGCUUCAUUCACAGCCUGUCUCUGUGUGAAUCUGCUGUGGUUUCUACUGUAUCAAGUUGCAUCUAUCCAGCCCCUGGCCGGCUCGCUGCUAUGCCUGCCCUGCCAUCAGCGAAGGAACUCAAAGGAAGUCAAGGACAGCCAAAUGCUACUGCUACCAAGUACAUAAUAAAGUACAAGAAAUCAAACAGAGUCCUCUUGCCCCUUGCCCUGAUUACCCAAGAAACGACGGCCGCGGGGGCGGGGAAGCCGAUAAAACUAGUUGGUUUGACAGGUAUCGAUCUGUCUCGCGAAAUAUCAGACGCCAUCGCUGCUCGACAACUGACAACUGCUUUGCUGAGAGUCCAGGCAAUUGACGCUGCUCGGGCUGCAUAUCCAACUGCUGUAACCAACAACAAGAGGACCACCUGCUCACACAAGCAUAGCCACGAUGAGCUCGCCGGCCCUUCACCCGGGAUACUCCCAUGCGGACGCCUUCGACGAGGGCUUCCUCUCGGUGGGAUCCAUCCACAAGAUCCAUUACGAGCAGUAUGGGAAGAAAGACGGCAAGCCAGUCAGUUACUGAACGAAUUGAUGCCUAUAGUCAUCUUCCUUCACGGCGGGCCCGGCGGCCACUGCACCAAGAUCAACACGACCUUCUUCGAUCCAGAGGUCUACCGCGUCGUCCUGUUCGACCAGCGUGGCUCCGGCAAGUCUCUGCCAAACUCGGAGCUGCGGGAGAACACCACGCACCACCUGGUCGAGGACAUCGAAGCCAUCCGCAAGCAUAUGGGCGUCGAGAAGUGGCACAUGGUCUUCGGCGGCUCGUGGGGGUCGACCCUGGCGCUGGUGUAUGCGCAGGCCCAUCCAGAGGUCGUUGGCUCUCUCGUCCUGCGAGGCAUCUUCACCUUCCGCAGAGAAGAGCUGGAGUGGUCUCGAAGCAUCGUGGCCGGCCGUUUAUACCCAGACGCCUACGAGGAGUUCGUCAAUUACCUGCCAGAGCCGGCCAGAGCUGACAUCGUAGGCUCGUACUACCAGCUGCUCCUGUCCGACAACAGAGAGACACGCAUCAGCGCUUCCAAGGCAUGGAACAAGUGGGAGCUGUCCAUCAGCGAGCUGCGCCAGAACCCUCAGAGCCUGAAGAAGCUCGAGGACGAUGACUGGACGCUGGCACACGCCUCGAUGGAACUCCACUAUGCUAUGAACGAUGCCUGGCUUGAGCAUGGUGCUCUCUUGAAAAAGGAGAAUAUCGACCGGAUCAGACACAUCCCUAGUAAGCCCUGA